UACGCUGUCGGACCACAGAUGAGAUCCAGACCAAGAAAGCUCCAAAGCACAUGUUUGAGCGCACAGCCUACCGGUUCUGUGAACGACCAAACCUCUCUCCUAAAGGCUUAAAUCGAUUGGUGAAUUUUUUUUUCGAUGGAUUUGUGUUCAAAUGGAUCGGUAAUUUCAUUUCUCCGGGAGGGUUAAGGGAAGGCAAGAGCGAACGCGAGUGAGAAGAACAGAGAGAGAGCGAGGUGAAGGUGGGAGGGUGGGAGAAGCGCACAUUCGCUCCUUCAGCCAUGGAGCUCACCAUGGACAACUUACACAGCGUCUCAUCGCAUUCCCAGCCGGGGGACCUCAUGAGCUCUCCGCACGCUCGACCGUCUCCGUCUCCAAGCUCCACACCCCGGAACCUGGUCUCACACGCUCCAGGUGGGAGACCGGCCAUGGUAUCCGGCAUGGCCUCACUUCUGGAAGGGUCCGGCGGGGAUUACCGGACGGACCCAUCCGCCUUGUCGGGACACCUCCAUUCAUCCAUCAGCAUGUGUGAGACCGGGAUGAGCCUUAGUAACACUUACACCACGCUGACCCCUCUGCAGCAUCUACCUCCGAUAUCCACUGUGGCGGAUAAGUUUCACCACCCGCAUUCGCACCACCACCCUGCCGCCCACCAACGACUGUCCGCCGGGAACGUCAGCGGCAGCUUUACGCUGAUGAGGGAGGACCACCGGGGACUGGCCUCCAUGGGCAACUUAUACAGUCACUACCCCAAAGAGAUGUCUGUUGCCAGCAUGGGUCAUGGAUCGCUGUCGCCGUUGUCCGGCGGGCUUGGAUCUCUGCACAACUCCCAACAGUCGCUCUCCGCCUACGGUCCCAGCACGCACCUUUCCACCGAAACCAAGAUGCUGUCGCCGGUGUCAGGGUUCGAGUCUCACGCCUCCAUGCUAUCUCGAAGCGACCAGGAGCACUUAGCCAGGAGUUUAGGGGGGCAUGGCCACGGCUUAAUCUCCAACCUAAACGGCAUGCACCACCAUCCGCACAGCCACCUUCACUCCCAGGCAAACGGUGCGGUGAUGAUGGAUCGGGAGAGGCACGGUCAUGUUGCCAGUCAGGGAGCGUCGGGGUCGGGGAUCCAGGCAGAGGAAAUCAACACGAAGGAGGUGGCUCAAAGGAUAACGGCCGAGUUGAAGCGCUACUCUAUUCCGCAGGCUAUUUUUGCCCAACGGAUCUUGAGCCGGUCGCAAGGCACCCUGUCGGACCUGCUGCGGAACCCCAAGCCCUGGAGUAAACUCAAGUCAGGCCGGGAGACGUUCAGGAGGAUGUGGAAGUGGCUGCAGGAGCCUGAGUUUCAGCGGAUGUCCGCUCUGCGGCUGGCCGCAUGUAAACGCAAGGAGGAAGACCGGGGACGGGAGCGCAGCCAGGUGCCAAAGAAGCAGCGGCUGGUCUUCACAGACCUGCAGCGUCGCACCCUUGUGGCCAUCUUUAGAGAGAACCGUCGCCCCUCCAAAGAGAUGCAGCUCACCAUCUCUCAGCAGCUGGGCUUGGAGCUCUCCACCGUCUCCAACUUCUUCAUGAACUCACGGCGCCGCUGUCCGGAGCGCUGGGACCCAGAGGAGCACAGUCAUGGUGUGCACAGCCAUGGCCAUGUCCAUGCUCCCCACGGAAACAGCAGCAGCACCAAUAGCGCAUCCCCAAUCCAGCCUGGCACCUCGUCUGCAAACACGUUCUCCAAAGCCUGAUGGCUAAAGAGGGAUAAUUUGAUUUUUCUUUUUUUCCCCCUAAUUUAUAAACCAGUGUUUAAAAACUGCUGUUCUGUAGAGUUCUUUGAGUGUGCAGGUUCAGCACUCUUCCUUGGAUCUCAUUUGCUCCUCUUGUACCAAUGAAUGGAAUGUAUUAUGUGUUUUCUUUUACAUUUGAACAUCCUUUCCAAAUGGGCUGACUUGCAUUUUGAAAUAAGUCUCCUUAAAACCAAAGAAUAUGUAGCUUUAAACUUUCCAAAUG